AUGGUGAAUGGUGCUGGAGAAAGCAACACGCAUCCUGCUCCGCCACCUUCAUACGGUCAGCAUUAUUUCUAUAUCUGUUUCUCAGCUUUAAAACUUCUAAUAGAAAUUCCAGAGGCAACAGUGGGUUCCAGUACAAAUCCCGGAGGAGUGACGCAGACAUCCGGAAAAUUUGGUCCUUUUCCGCCAAUGCCUCAGCCGUCUGGUAAUCCGUCAUAUCAACCUCAGACUACUAAUCCAACGCUAUCUCCUCCGUCCGGGAUGAGCUCAGUACCACAGCCCCAGGCAAUUCCAGUUAUUGUUGGCGUACCUGUGUUCGGUUCGCAUCCAUGUAACAUGACUUGUCCAAUGUGUCAUAAAACAAUCGUAACGGAGACGCAAACACGUGCCGGCCUGCUUGCCUUUAUCAUUUGUGGAGUACUACUUCUGUUUGGGUGCGUGAGUCUUUUUUACUGUUAUUAUUAUUGCUGUGAUUAUUUUCAUUGAUGUUGA